AUGGCAUCAUUAAAACCCCGCGACUUCAAGAGCAAACUAGCUUUGAGCUCGUUGACCAAAGAACAAUUCCUAGAUGAAAUAAUCAAAUCAAGAAAAUCUCAAGCAGAAAGCAUUGAAAACUUUGCCUUCAAUAAAUCACGAUGCCGUGUCUUAUCGAAAACUAAGGACAUCGCUUCAAACUCCAAAGGUGUACUCUACUGGAUGAUAAGAGACUGCAGAGUGCAAGAUAAUUGGGCAAUGCUGUUUGCUCAACGUUUGGCCCUCAGAAAUAAAAUACCCUUGAUGGUUUGCUUUAGUUUAUUCGAGACUCACCUGCUGCAUCCUACAAGAAGACAUCAGCAGUUUUUAAUUGAUGGUUUGAGGCAAGUUGAACAAGAAUUAACCGGGCUUAAUAUACCAUUUUACCUUAUUAAAGAAUCUCCAAAAGAUUUAGCCAAAAUUGUUGCUGACAAUAAACUAGGGGGUGUUGUUUGUGAUUUUAGUCCGCUGAGAAAACCUAAAGAAUGGAUAGAUAUCUUAUUAAAAAACUUACCAGGGGAUGUACCAUUAGUUCAAGUUGAUGCUCAUAAUAUUGUCCCUGCAUGGAUAGCUUCCGAUAAACAAGAACAUAUGGCUAGAACUUUGAGACCUAAAAUCAAUAAAAAACUAUCUGAAUAUUUAACAGGAUAUCCUCAAGUUUUUAAGCAUCCUCAUACGGAAAAAAUACAAGUCAAAUGCCUUAAUAAGUUAGAUAAUGAUGAAAUUUCAAAUCUUAUUGAAACUCUUUGGGAAGUUGAGCCUGUAAGCAAUAAAGCAGGUUCUAAUGAAGGUCUAGAAGCCUUAUACAAAUUUCUUCAAAAUGGCCUCAAGCAUUAUGGAGUAACUAGCAAUGACCCAUCUAAAAAUCACACAUCAAAUUUAUCAUAUUGGAUUACUUUUGGACAAAUAUCAGCUCAACGUAUUGCCUUAGAAACUAAAAGCCUUGAAUCAAUUUAUAAAGAGCAAGUGGAAAAAUAUCUUGAAGAAUUAAUUGUCCGUAAGGAACUAGCUGAAAAUUAUUGCCUCUACAAUAAAAACUAUGAUAGUAUUGAAGGGGCAGCUGAUUGGGCUAAAAGCUCACUUAUAUUACACAAAUCUGAUAAACGUACCUACACUUAUACACGAGAAGAAUUAGAAAAAUCUCAAACUCAUGAUGAAAUGUGGAAUGCAGCUCAACUUCAAGCAUUAAAAGAAGGAAAAAUACAUGGCUACAUGCGAAUGUAUUGGUGUAAGAAAAUCUUGGAAUGGACCAAAUCGCCCGAAGAAGCCUUGGAAUUUGCUUUGUGGCUGAAUGACACUUUUGCAUUGGAUGGAAAUUGUCCCAAUGGCUUUGUAGGGGUUAUGUGGUCGAUUUGUGGAGUGCACGAUCAGGGUUGGAGGGAAAGAGAGAUAUUUGGGAAGAUUAGGUUUAUGGUGGAUUAUAGUUUGAGGAAGAAGUAUGAUAUGGAUGCUUAUUGUGCUAGAUAUGGAAUAGGAAUGAAAGAGGGUGAUAAAAAAUGGAAGAAAGGAACGAAAAGGAAGUUAGCAAAAUAG